CAAUUAUUAACACAGGAAAGCUUAAGAGUUCUGUUAGGCGUAGGCCUUGGAUACUUGAUGAUCAUGUUGAUCACAUGGAAGAGGAUUCUGAAUGUGAAGCUGAUAAGGCAGGUAAAAAAGAGUGAAGACCAUAGCUGAUGCUUCUGGUUGGACAGGAUGAGAUAAACAUAGGGAUACUAUUUUUGUGCUUCACCGAGGAUUAUUCCUGUUGACCAUAUGCAUCUUGUGUUCUUGGAACAAGAAGAACACUGUUAACAAACAAAAACACUGGGUGAUUUCUUCUCAACCGUCCUUGCUUUAGUGGACAGAGUUAUCAGGUACCUGUUACUAGCAGGAGGUGGCAAAUAUCCUAUGGAAUUAGUCGAGGUGCGCACAAGCUGGCCCGUACACCAUGGUUAUCAAAAAGAACGCUGUGUCAACUGACAUGUGAUUGGAAGUAAGAAGAAAUGGAAAAUUUCUUCAAGAAUUUAUGACCAAGUGGUAUGGCAAGGGCAGGACAGGAUGGUAUGUUAAGGCCCAGGUGCAAAACGUGAUUGCUUUGCAGUGCAAUCUUGCUAUAGGUAUUUGGAUUAUAGAGGAGGAAUAGAACCUAUAUGGAGAAAUAUGUUUGUAAGUCAGAACUAAAAAGUGGUUUCCUUUGCAUAUUAUGCUGUGUGAGACAUCAUCUUUAGGACACACUAUUUAGAAAGGAGGGGGUUUGUAUAAACCUGAAUUACUGUUGUAUGCGCUAGAAAGAAGGGGAGGUCCCUAAUCUGAUGUUUCUUCAUUAUCUCAAUGCAGUCGAGUUGGAGCUUAUACCGUGUUCAAUAUAUCAUGGGUACUACCCUUGAGCUGGGGUUCUCAAGCUUAGGAGAGGAGACAGUUUCGCUGUAGUUAGAUUGCGUGGCAACGUGAGUCAACGUCAGCAGAAAGGAGGAGAAGACAGAAGGCUGUAUUCAAAAUCUAUGUAGGAAUUGGCCAGUGCAAAGAUAAUCAUUGAUGCUGGGAGUUUGGAUAACAUAGUGUCCACGGAGAUGGUACAUCAGUUGGGGCUGAAUAUGCCUUUGAAACAUGGAAGUUAAGCAAAAUAAAGAAAGAAAAGGAAGAAAGUUUGGGAAAUAGCAUAAUUAUGCAUUUUUUUGGAUGAUGGAGAGAAAAGAUCAGGAGGAUAUCUAAAGGGGUGGAUAGCUUUUUGGGAGCUCUACAACUGAGCAUUUGUACCUAUUAACCCAGGCAUCAUCUUCUCGCACAUUUAUGAACUUUCUUUUUGAUUUAUCAAGAGAAAAGUUGUAUCAACUGAUAAGUUUUUAUUCUCCAUUUGCCCCGCACUGUACAGGGGAGGGGCCAUAUGGUGAAUUCUUUUGCUCCUUUACUUGUCAAUAAGAGUUCGUCUUCACGUGCUUAUCUUCCCAAAGGAGUUAUCCGAGGAUGUUCCAUUUGUCAGAACUGCCAGAAGGUUAUUGCAAGAAGUCGUCCGGAAUCGGCACAGAUCCCUUCACUUGAUGAGGCUCUUGUACUCCAUCCUACUGAAGAGGAGUUUAAAGAUACUCUCAAGUAUGUUGCAAGCAUCCUUCCGCAUGUCAAGCAGUAUGGAGUAUGCCGUAUUGUUCCUCCCUCUUCCUGGAAACCACCUUGCCGCAUUGAAGAAGAGGACACGAGGUGUGGAGUCGACACUCAUAUCCAGCGUAUUAGUGACCUCCAGAGUCUGUUUUUAAAGAAAAGGCUUGAGGGAGCCCAUAAGAAGGCGAAUAAUAGACAGCAGAAAAUCCCAAGUAUGAAGGCAGAUUUUGGACACAGCGUGGAACUUAAAGAAUUUAGUUGUUGUAAUAAACACUUUGAAUUCGAAAGUGGGCCAAAGUUUAAGCUGAAAUCUUUCAAGAAUUACGCUGAUCAUUUCAAGAGGCAGUACUUUGUCAAGGAAGAUCAGAUCACAGCUUCAAACUCUAAUUCAGAUGCGAUUCCAAUGCUGUCAGAACCAUCUAUUCCUGAUAUUGAAGGGGAAUACUGGAGGAUUAUAGAGAAUCCAACUGAAGAAAUUGAGGUGCUCCAUGGGAAUAGUACGGAAACUAGUGCAAGCCAAAGUGGUUUUCCACUUAAAACCAAUCCACGGGAUGUAACUGCAUGUCCACAAUAUGUGGAAUCGGGUUGGAACUUGAAUAAUACCCCUAAGCUUCAAGAUUCUCUUCUCCGUUUUGAGAGUUGUAACAGUUCCUCUAUUUUGCUUCCCCGGCUCUCCAUCGGAAUGUGUUUAUCGUCUAAUUACUGGAGAAUUGAAGAGCACCACUUAUAUUUGCUAUCCUACGUACAUUUUGGUGCUCCGAGAAUAUUUUAUGCGGUUCCCGGGAGUUACCGUUGCAAGUUUGAGGAAGCUGUCAAGAAGCAUCUGCCACAGUUGUCAGCACAUCCUUGUUUGCUUCACAACCUUGCCACACAAUUCUCUCCUUCUAUAUUGACUUCAGAGGGUAUACCUGUUUAUCGUUGUGUGCAAAAUCCGAAGGAGUUUGUUCUCAUACUUCCCGGAGCAUACCAUGCAGAGUUUGAUAGUGGAUUUAAUUGUUAUGAAGCAGUAAAUUUUGCUCCCUUUGACUGGUUACCACAUGGUCAGAACGCUGUGGAACUGUACCGUGAUCAGGACAGAAAGACAUCAAUCUCCCAUGAUAAACUGUUGCUUGAAGCAGCCGCAGAAGCAAUUAGGGCUUUAGGAGAACUUGCACUACGAAACAAGAAUUCUUUUGAUAAUUCAAAAUGGAGAAGAGUCUGUCGGAACUAUGGUUAUUUAACAAAAGCACUUAAGACACGGGUUGCCACUGAAGUGAGAAUACAGAAAUAUUUGUGUGCUUCUCUUGAAUCGCGAAAGAUGGAGGAUGACUUUUGUGCUACCACCAAACGGGAGUGCGUUACAUGCUUCUAUGAUCUAUACCUUUCUGCCAUUGGCUGCAAAUGUUCACCACAUAAAUAUACUUGUCUUCUUCAUGCUAAGCAACUAUGUGCUUGUUCUUGGAGCGAGAAGUAUUUGCUUGUACGGUAUGAAAUAGAUGAGUUGAACAUAAUGGUUGAAGAUUUGGAUCGAAAGGUAGGUGCAAUUAAUAACAGGGCAAAAGAAAAACUUGGAUUGCCUGUGUCUGAUGUUUCUAAAGAUGCUGGCAAGGAAGUAGGUAUGGAAACAAUGAAGCACAAACCUGUGAUUCCAAAUGUGGAACUCUCCGAGAGUAUAUCUCACCGUUCAACCUCUAGACAAGCAUCAGAUGUUCAACAGUACAGCAAAGUAAAUGUGUUCUUUGCACCUUCAGUUGGUCCAAGUUCAACGACAAAUAAAGAAAAAGUUCAUGAUGAGAAUAAAGUUCUAUUGCCAAAAGUAUCACAGCAUACUGCUGUUGGAGAAAAUAUUGUAACUUCUUCCAGUAAAGUUCUGAAGAAGCAUCUUGCACGGGGUUCUUCAUCGACAGUCAGAAAUGUGAUUAUUCUUAGUGAUGAAGACUAGCAACCCCAAGUUCACCAUAUCACGAAUGGUAACGAGCAUUUAUAAUACGUUGUUGUAUGUCAGUUAUUUGCUGUAAAUUUGCAGAUUGUAAAGCUUGAAUUCUGUUAAAUACAUGACUGGAAACUCUUUCAACUCAAUCUUGGCACUUUCCUUCGUGUGUAUCUGUUCUAGUACUCUUUGUUUAAUUGAAUUCACAAGUAUUGAUGUUGAAUAUGCAUUUAAUUGCAUGGUUUGUCCUUCA